AUGAUUUUCUUACCAUCCGAAAUGAAUAUUUUUCUAGUUGCAAUAACAAAUGUUGAUUGUCGACCAGGUGGUGGUCGUAGUAAAAUUACUCGUGUUCGAGUCUCAAAUUUAAUCAAAAAUAAAAUUCAUUCAAAGAGUAUUCAUCGACAAUCGUCAUUUUUACAGAAAUCAAAUACUCAUAUUUUGAUUCGUGGAGCAACAGGAGGUGGUACAUCUUUAUUAUUUGGUACAUUAGCAUUACGAUCAUAUGUUUCGAACAAUUACAAAGGAUCUAUUGAAUCAAGUCGUAUUCUGAUUAAUGGUACAGGAAGUGUAUGUGUAAAUAGAGAAAAUUUUUCUAAUUUUAUCUUUAAUGAAUUUCGUUGUCCAUUAUCACCUAUUUUUGCACUUAAUAACCGUUAUUGUUGCGGUCCAUUUCAACAGCAAUAUUGUUGUUCCUUCUGGGAAAGCGGUGGUCGAGCAAUUGGUGCUAUUAUUGGUAUUAUCUCAGCAUGUAGUAUUUUCAUUUUAUUUAUUUUCUAUUGUAUUGUUUAUAUUCGACGUUCUUUAAGACGAAAAGAAUCGCCAAGUGUAAAAUCCUAUUUAAAUCAUCCUUUUCAAACUCAAUUAUAUAGUGAUGUUAAUUAUAUUUCUUCAGAUUUUCUUCCAACAUUUUCUGAAGUAGUAGGAUGUUUUAUAACAAAAAAUAUUGAUAUUGCUUGA